AUGGCAAGGUGGUACGCGAUCAUCACUUCAGCUCUUGUAUUAUCAUUUCUGCACGCAGCUGCUCGUAACUUACCGAGUGAUGUCGCUUAUCGUGUCAACGAACAACCAUCUGAUCAAGCAAGUGGACCAGAGGAAACAGUUUUGCAUGCAGAUGCACCAAAGGCGGAGUCACCUACUGGUCUGGACGACGAAAAGAAUUUCAUCUACGGAGGAGUUGGCGGUUUCGCCGGCGUUGGAGGGUAUGCCGGAGUGGCUGGUGGGAUUCCUUUACUGGGUGGUCUUGGUGGGAUUGGGAAAUUUGGUGGGAUUGGAGGAGCAGGUGGAAUAGGCGGCAUUGGUGGCCUCGGCGGUGGUGUUGCUGGCGGAGUUGGUGGGGUCGGUGGCAUCGGUGGGUUGGGGGGUCUUCCGGGUGGUGGCGCCGGUGGACCCGGUGGUGGGAGUUUACCUUUUCCUUGA